GAAGUAACCAAAUACGUUUUAAUGAAAUUUGACUUAUUUGCGUGGGCUUAAUGAUCAAUCCAUCCCUGUACAUAAAACGUAUAUGCAAGUAAAUGAAUUUCAUGUGUUAUUUACUGUGAUGUUAUUAUUCGUGACCAUAACAAUGUCGGACCGUGUUUGAAAGUUUACUGAUUGGAAGAUAAGCCAUGCCAUCGGGAUCAUGGAUCAUGCGCUUAUUUCGCAUUUUGUGUUUUGUUCAGAAUUAUAGUCACAGUAAUAUAAGACCGAGGCGCUGCUCAACAUGCGCCAUACACAGACCGACAUAGCGCAGCAAAUGACGUGACAUCUACGCGAGUCGCUUCCAUCGGGCAGCCCUUCCUCCCUGGUCGCCAUGGCCUCCUCCAUCCCGGCGCCGGCCACUUUCGCCAGGCUGCACCACACCAUAAAGCACAUCCAACGCAUCCUGGCUGAAGUUCACAGAAACUUCUCUCUUCUGAAUGGAAGGAGCCUCGAUGAUUUCUUUGAGCAGGAGAAAAGCAAUCAAUUAUGGGCAAAGAGGAUGUUCGUCGACCAUAGGGACAUAAUAGAAUCGGACACCCCGCCGGAAGAAUUUGACUGUCAUCUGCUCUACAAGAUGAUAAAAUACAUGGAUAAAUUGGCUAGCUAUAGUGACCCUGUCUGGGAGAGCAACUCUAUGGACUCGAUCGAGAGUUUGGUGUACUAUGUCUACCGAGAGUGGGACGAACUAAAAGAGGCCUUUACCUUAUCAGAGCAAAGCCUGAGCCACAGACUCGACAGCGUGCAGGAUGCCCUUGUUCGAAUUGUCACCAAGAUUGAAGGAAAGAAAGGCAUUGACCUCAAACACUUGAAGGUAGAAGUACACAAAGAGUUCAACUCAUCGCUAUCCACGAGUUUUCCAUACAUAUACAAAGUCUCGGCUCAACAUUCAAUACACCGCAUGCUAGUAUUAUUGUACAAACAGUUAAAUCAACUUAAUGGCAAAAGCGUGGAGGUUUACCGGAAAGAGAAAUUUGAUAUUAGAAAUCCACUAUUUGCAUUUACUCCGGCAGAAAAGAUGAUGUUGAGGAAAAACAUCUGUCCUGAAAAGAUGCCAAUCCGUCUGGUCUUCAAACUGCUUGAGCGUGUGUGUGGUCUGGAACGCCAGAAGAGCCCUGCAUGGAGUGAAAAGUCUGACAGAGUAGAGUACUUACUCACCUGUAUCAUUAAAAAUCACCAAGAUAUUGUAUAUAGUGCUCAGAAUCUCGAUUAUGACUGGCCAUACGAGCUUUUCCAGCUAUUUGAAAAAGCGUUAGAUGCAACUGUAAAAGUCACUGGCAGGAUGAGUCAAGAAAUUAUGAAGGAGAUGCCUGAUGAACCAGUCCAUUUGAAUGAAGCUUAUUCUUGCAGUGUUCUGUGCAAAUCUCUCACCUCUUAUGACAGUUUUGGCGCUAUAUCAGACUCAGAACCUUCUUCUAUAUCAGACUCAGAACCUUCUUCUAUAUCAGACUCAGAACCCUCUUCUAUAUCAGACUCAGAACCUUCUUCACCUUCCAGUACCACUCCAUCAGCAUCACUACCGAGCUUAGAAAGUCUCUCAAUUGAAGAGAUCAAUAUUGCAUGUUUAUUCCAAGCUCUAUGCUCAAAAGGACCUGCAGUGAGGACGAUGGUCACCGUGUUCCGGUCAUUUAAAGGUGACAUUGAGAAGAUUAAGUCCAGCAAUAAGAAAAAGGUAGGCCUUACCAACGGUGAUGUUAAGAAACUUGAAAAUGGGGAACCAUUAGAAAAUUUAGACAUUACAUUGCUUUAUAAACUCAUACAAGGGGGAUGUGAAGGCUUAGCUCCCCAAAAUGAUCCUGUCUGGUAUACUCCAGGAGAUACAUUGGAAUACCAUUUGUACUUACUAAAAUAUGAAAGGAACACACUGUUCCAUUCCAGGAUUUCUCUAACUGAGAAAGAACUGAAAGAGAAACUAAAGAAAAUUUGGUGUAUGCUGAAAUACAUUUUAGAGGAAACUGAAAGGCAAGCUAAGAUAAACUUGACUGUUCAAAUAUUAGAAAUUAAGAAAGACAUUCUCAGGUUGGAGAAACCGCCUGUUCGACAGGUAGAUGUUGAUACCUAUCGACAGGAGGUGAAAAUGCUGCGGGAGCAACUUUGCUAUGACCUCCUACAAAAAUGUCGUAAGGAACUUUCUGAGAAAUAUAAUCAGGCCUCAGCAAAACUCGCAUCGCCAGUUACCUGGAGUUUACAUCCCGCACACAAAAAGCUGACGAUUGAGAAGGUUUUUACCGAACCUGAAAUAGAUUACUCUCGAAGUGAGCUGAAACUGAAAUCUACCCUGUCUUUAUUAGACACCGAUCUGCAGAGUUCCAACAAAGUGAUCCUGUAUGGAGUAGCUGGGACAGGGAAAACUUCAAUAUGCCAGUUUUUGGCAUACACCUGGGCAAACAAAGAUGAACAUGACUCCACCUGUGAUAUAUUAAUUUUAAUCAAAUGCAAAACCACUAGUCAAGAUAACCUAGUAGAUUUCCUACUGGCUUUCCUUCCAGAAAGUAUGAAAGGGGUACAAAAGAAUGACAUCAUAGUGCUAAUGCAGAAUUUGAAAUCCAUGUUCAUUGUAGAUGCGUAUGAUGAGGCGACUAACCAGGCAAAGGAGCUCAUUAGCGACAUUCUGCAUACCUUGCCAAGGAGCACCAUCAUCAUAACCACCAAACAACACGCGGUGUCAUACAUAGAGAUGAAGGUCUUUGAAGCCACUGGUUCAGAUUGUAUGCUUCUAAAAGUCCUAGGAUUUGGAGAGGAUAGACAGAAAGAGUAUGUGCGAAAUUUCUUUCAGCUAACAUUGACCUCAGCUACAAGUGCCAGUGAAAAAGCAGAGGCAGACAGAAUUUGUACUGAAAUGGAGUCCUACCUAGACUCACUUGACAAAUGUCAUCGUGAGUUUGUAUCAUUGCCUUUAACUCUGUCACUCUUGGUCAUUUUGUGGCAAGAUAACUCCAAGAGUGCCAAGGAAGCUACAACAUUAACCAGACUGUAUCAGAAGAUAAUCAGAUACACCCUGAAGAGAUUCACUCCCGAAGAUUCGGAUGUGCGUCGAUGGAUUCUAGCUCUUGGCAAAAUAGCGUGGCAGAAUAUGAAUCAGAACAUUCAGUGCCUCACCAACAAGGAUGUGGAGAAAUUGCUGGAUAUGGGUGAUAGCCUAGGACUCCAGAAGAAACAGGUGUUGACAGCCGUCUUACAGAGUACAAGUGAAGAUUCUACAUUAGAUCACAAGAACUACUGGACAUUUUCUCACAAUUCCCAGCAGGAGUUUCUUGUAGCUGAGCACUUUGUGAAGCAAAUUGUGUCUUAUGACAGAUUGUUGCCUGAAAUAUUAAAGGAAUACAUGGCAAAGGAGUUACAUCGAUCCUUACAGGUAAUUGAGUUCGUUGCUGGACUGUUAGCUCUAGAAAAUGAACUGUCAUUUGAAAGGGCUGAUGAUAUUAUCAGUCUUAUUUCUGAUCAGACUCCAUGUACUUUUGAAGUGAUUAAGAGACUAGCUCAUGACAUCAGUUCAGAGAACGAGCAUUUCCACAGUAGAUUACAGAGCCUUUUCCAGGACAAAGAACUUCGACAAACUCUCGAUAAUUUUGAUCCAGACUGCUUGCAGUGGAUCAUAGAAAAUACAUCCAUCAAAAUUCCAUUGCAGGUAAUGCUCAUUAAUUCUGCACGUUCUGUCAUCAAAAUGAAAACGCUGCUUCAAACACUAACCCAAAAGUCUAGCAAACCUCACAUCAUUGCAACCAUUGACAACAUGAAUGAUAUAAAGGACUUAAUAACUUUCAUCGAAGACCAUCAUGAGCUCAGCGUGGGCUAUACACUUCACAUUCAGAACUCAGUUGAUCUUUCCACGUUGAUUAAGGCAUGGAACUGGCACUGGCCGCUGUGCUUGCGCUUCCCCCAAAUUAUCUUUCCUCUCCUUUGGUGGGAGCUUAAGGUAUCCCUAAUGGCAGCAGAUAUCAAGCUUUCAAGCAUCAGAUUCAGUGAAGACGUGACUCAUGCUGUAGACUUCAGGAAGGGGGUGGAGCAAUUGGGCCUCGAGUGGGUCGCCGAUUCAUCCCUAUACGCCAGUGAGGUUGUAGUCACCAGUAUCACCAGUAACUUGGUCAUGUCGUAGGAGUGUAGUCAUUCCAAAAGACUGAUUGUUCUCAGUCAUCCCAAACCCAUUGUGUUAUGAGAAGGAUUUUUUUGUUAGCUGUGAAUGUAAAUUAUCAUACGACUAUCCCAUUGUUUUUCAGCUCUCUUGAUGCUACUGCUUUAGUAUUACUGGCUUUUUUAGCCAAUCAAGCAAGAACAGAAUAGCACGCUCAACUAUAAUGGAUCUGUGAUUUUAAUUUUAUAGUUUUAUGUUAUAGAAGUGACUUCCAGGCAAUACAAACUAAUUGAUAGUCAUGUAAAUGUAAAUAUUAUUUAUGGUAUACUCUAGUUUUAUAAUACUUUCUUAUCUUUUGAUAGAUGUGAAAUGUUCUACUGCAAUAAAACACAUUUGUUGAUUCAG